GUGUGCCCGUCCCCGGCGCUGUCCCCGAGCCCUCGGCGUGCAUGGCCCUGCGCGGGCGGCGAUGGCUGCGCGCUGAUGGCCCAGCUCGCCAUGGCUGCCAGGGAAGAGCUGUACAGCAAAGUCAUCCCCCGGCGGAACCGCCAGCACCGCGCCGGGACCAUCAAACAUGGCUCGUCGCUGGAGAUCCUGCUCUCCAUGGGCUUCCCCAAGGCACGGGCGCAAAAAGCGCUGGCGUCGACAGGUGGAAGGAGCGUUCAAGCAGCAUGCGACUGGCUCUUCUCCCACGUGGGUGACCCGUUCCUGGACGACACCCUGCCCCGGGAGUACGUCCUGUACCUGCGGCCCACCGGGCCCCUGGCGCAGAAGCUCUCGGAGUUCUGGCAGCAGUCCAAGCAGAUCUGUGGCAAGAACAAAGCUCACAACAUCUUCCCACACAUCACCCUCUGCCAGUUCUUCAUGUGCGAGGACAGCAAGGUGGACGCUCUCACGGAAGCCCUGCAGGCCACGGUGAUGCGCUGGAAGUGCAAAUUCCCUGCCCCGCUGCCCCUGGAGCUCUACACCUCCUCCAACUUCAUCGGCCUCUUCGUCAAGGAGGAAAGUGCUGAGGUGCUCAAGAAGUUUGCUGCAGACUUCGCUGCAGAGGCGGCUUCCAAAGCAGAUGUCCACGUGGAGCCCCACAAGAAGCAGCUCCACGUGACCCUGGCCUAUCACUUCCAGAGCAGCCACCUGCCCACGCUGGAGAAGCUGGCCCAGAGCAUCGACGUCAAGCUGGGCUGUGACUGGGUGGCGGCGAUCUUCUCCCGGGACAUUCGCUUCGUCAACCACGAGACUCUGCAAGUGAUCUACCCCUACACCCCCCAGAACGACGACGAGCUGGAGCUGGUGCCGGGGGAUUUCAUUUUCAUGUCGCCGGUGGAGCAAACCAGCACGAGCGAGGGCUGGAUUUACGGCAUCUCCCUCGCCACGGGCUGCUCGGGGCUGCUGCCUGAAAACUACAUCACCAAGGCGGAUGAAUGCGGCACCUGGGUGUUCCACGGGUCCUACUCCAUUCUGAACACCACGUUUUCCCCAUCCCUUCAAGCCUUUGCUGACGGAGCUCUGGAGAGGAGGCAGCAGGAAGACCAAGGGCCAGGGGACGCUGGGCCACUCACCAUCAUCUGCCAGAACGUGCAGCCCCUGAGGAUCAGCAGCCAGCCGGGCCCUCAGAAGCGCUGCCUGUUCGUCUGCAGGCACGGCGAGAGGAUGGAUGUGGUUUUUGGGAAGUACUGGCUGUCCCAGUGCUUCGACGCCAAAGGCAGGUACAUGCGCAGUAACCUGAAUAUGCCUCACAACUUACCUCAGAGGAGUGGUGGUUUCAGGGAUUACGAAAAAGACGCUCCCAUCACCGUGCUGGGCUGCACCCAGGCGAGGCUCGUGGGUGAAGCCUUGCUGGAAACAAACACCAUCGUAGACUACAUCUACAGCUCCCCAUCGCUGCGGUGUGUCCAGACCGCUCACAAUAUCCUGAAAGGCAUGCAGCAGGAGAACAACCUGAAAAUCCGGAUAGAGCCGGGCUUGUUUGAGUGGACCAAGUGGGUGUCCGGGAGCUCCCUGCCAGCCUGGAUCCCCCCCGUGGAUUUGGCUGCAGCCACUCUCAGCGUCGAUACAACCUACAGACCUCAUAUUCCUGUCAGCAAGCUGGUGGUCUCUGAGUCUUAUGAUACCUACAUAAGCAGGAGCUACCAAGUAACAAAGGAAAUCAUCAGUGAAUGUAAAGGCAAAGGAAAUAACAUCCUGCUCGUGGCUCACGCGUCCUCCCUGGAGGCCUGUACCUGCCAGCUCCAAGGGCUGUCACCUCAGAACUCCAAGGAUUUCGUGCAGAUGGUCCGAAAGAUUCCCUACCUGGGGUUUUGCUCCUGCGAAGAACUGGGGGACACUGGUGUUUGGCAGCUCACAGACCCUCCCAUCCUCCCUCUCACACAUGGACCAACUGGAGGCUUUAACUGGAGAGAAACCCUCCUGCAGGAGUAGGGAGAGCCCCAGCGAGGACAGCUUUUCCCAGCCUUGGAGAACGUCUCUUCUUCCUUGUGUUUUAUUGACAGAGGGGGAAAAAAAAAAAAACCAAAAAAAAAACCCCUCAUCAUCUGUCCAGUGGGUCGCUCAAAGCAUAUCUCACACAGCCACAGCCCUGCAAAAAAAAGUCAUUUACAACAAAAAGGGGCUGCUUGGAGGAGGGGGGGGAAAUUAAAACACAGCUCGAGGCUCUUGCACAGAGCUCGGGGUUGGUUUCCUCACCUUGAAGGGAGCUCUGGUGACACUUUCACUGCCACCUGCACCACGGUAGAAACGCGUCAGGCAGGAUGCUGGGGUUGUUUUUCUCACUGCUAUUUUUGCAAAGCUCCUGCAGCCUUGUUCAGCACCUCGUGCUUGCUCCGCUCCCAGCCCCCCGAAGCCUCAGCACCUUACAUAAAAAAAAAGAAUAAUAAAAGUGUGUCCCCGAGGCUGGAAAUGAGUCCAGCGUUGCCUCUGCCUGAGCAGAGAUGGGAGUGCUCAAAAUAUGCAGAGAUUGGUUGGUGUCGAGGAAAACUCCGAAUCAGAGGGAAAUUCCGAAUUUCGCAUCGGUUACAGGUGAGGUUCGAGCAUCAAAAGCCAGUGCAGCAAAAGAUGGGAGGAAUUUCUUUGAGAUAAAAGAAGCCUUCUCCAACCAAACCUGAGCCAUUUAGGGAGUUCAGAUUUGGGGUUUUAUUCUUUUACUUUGGUUAUUGAAACCCACCUGCGUGCCCUAACCUAAAAGGUUUGUGGGGGUUGAAUUCCCUUCGGGAGGUUUGGAAAAAGGGGCUUUUGCCUUUUUGUACUGGGGUUUUUGUGCUGGCCGUUCACCCAGCAGUGGCUUUGUGUCCCUUUGGCUGUCUUGGUGAGACUGAUGAAAAAUCUGCUGGAAUUCAGCUGGAAUUCUGAGUGCUUUGCUUCCCUACCCUUAAUUCCCAAGUGCCAUCUGUCAUCAAAAAAAAACCCCAGCAAACUUCAAUUUAGGAACAACUUUUUAUGCUGUUUAUCCAGGGAGGGAAGGGUUGGGAUUUGGGGGAAGUGGAAGAGGAGGGUUUCCAUCUCUAACCAAGCUGUUUGGGACCACAAGGGGGAUGCUCUUGGUGCCAGAGCCUGCAGGAUGCUAAAAGCAGCUGCAUCCCAAAAUACACCACAGUGGGUAUUUCUACCAUGAAGUGACAUCAGAGCAGAGGUUUUAGGGUCAGAAUUGCCUAAAAUCAUCAGCCUUGGGUCCAAAAGUUGCUGAAGACACUUCAACAGUGCAGGUUUGCUGUCAGCAGGUACCUAAAAAAUGCGAUGGAAGAGAUUUAGGCGCACUCCUUCCUUGGUUUGGGCCACAAGUCUGAGUAUUCCCAGGAACAGAAUCAUCCCGGAGUGGUUUGGGUUGGAAAAGACCUUAAAGCUCAUCCAGUUCCAUGUGCAGGGACACACCAGGCUGGCCUUGGACACUGCCAGGGAUGGGGCAGCAGAUAAAAACCGCCAAAUGAAGCAAAAAGCAGCAGCUGAGGUGGUGCAGGAGGGACUUUGUGCCGUCCCUGCCCAGCUCUGCCUCUGCCCAAAGCGCUGAAUGCCCUCGUCGGAAACGGGUCAGAGGCAGCAAAGUCAACGCUUGACGUUUGUUAAUCACAGAAAAAAUCAACUUUUGGGUGGUGUUCUGGUGGAUUUCCCCCUUUGGGCAGGGCUGGUGUCAGCUCCCCCCAGCUGCCACGACAACCAAGGAGCGACAACCUGCAAUUCCCGGGACAAUUGGGAUGGAGCCAGUCCGAAGGGGCUGAGCUCAGUUUGGAGCUCUGCAGGGAGGGCACAGCACAUCCCGGGCAAUAUCCCAGAUAUUCCCACAAUCCCUAGGAACAUCCCCUUCUUUCUACCUUUAGGACUGUGUAGCACACUCGUGCGUGCUUUAUUGUAGCAGGGAUGGAACUGAAAAGUCAGGGAGAAAAUUUAGGAUGGGGCAGGAAGGAAGAAAAAAAACAAACAAACCUGUUCCCGCGUGGUUUUAUCGCUGUCAGGUUGAUUGUUUAAUUAUCAUUUAAACUCUUUUUUUUUUUUUUUUUUUUUUUUUUUUUUUUGGCUGUGUAGAGACAUUCUGAAGAGCAUUUCUGGCUUGUUUUUCCUCCGUGCAAAAAGUUUAAAAUUAAAUCUUUGGCAAUCACACUGAAAAAAAAAAAAAAAAUUCGGUUGCUGAGGCGCGUGAAUUCUCCAGAUAUUUUUUUUUUGCUUCGUGCAAUCAAGGCGUAAACUGGGGCAAGAAAUAUCAUUAUAUUCUAAUAUUUAUUGCCUGUAGAAAGAGUGGAGGCUGCUCGGAUCCUGUUUGGUUUGGGUGACAUUAAAAGGGGUUUCUUUAGAAGCACGAGAAACACAGAGGGAGCAAAAGCUGGAUGCACAAUUUGAGCGGUGUUAGCUGCUCUUUGAUAUAUCAUAGAGGAAAAAAAGUGUUCUGCUUGAGGAGGUAGAUGUUAAAAUACUCUUCUUUAAAUAUAUAUAUAUAUAUAUUUUUGGAUGUUUGGGAAAUAUUUUGACAAUUGUAGUCUCGUCUGGAAUUAGGUGUCAAGAAUCGCAGGGAGAAAAAUCUUAUUUUCUUCAGCGUUUUGAGUUUUCUUGGGGGUUUUGUGUUAAGCAGUCUGGUGUUGAAAAGGCUUUUUUUGGGAAAAGGAAAAAAAAGAGAAAAAGUAUUGUUCCUUUUACAUUUAUUAUUGAAAGGUUAAGAAGACAAAAGAAUUGCUGCUUCACUUUCACCCCAUCGCUGCUCAUUAAUGUGGGUUUAAUGUCACUCCAGUGUUUUGGCCCAGAACAUUAAACUUGAUCUCUCCAAAACCUUUUCCUUCCCCGUGAGCUGUGUCAGAUCCCAAGAUUUAUUCUUACAGCACUUCCCAGGUUUUUUCUUCUCUCCACAAUUAAGGGAAAGGAAAAAAAAAAAAAAAAAAAGCUGCAAACCUGCCGAGAAUAAAUGGUUAAUUUUCAUAAUUUGCGACGUAUGGCUUAGAAAAAGACAAGAAUUAAAUUGACAUUGCACUCAAAUCAACAGAGCUUUGCUUGUUUAUGCAAAAUGAGGAUCCAGACCGUGAUAACUUCAGUCAAAAACUGGUAUUUCCCUUUUCACUCUCUUUUCACUGAGCACUUUCAGACAGAAGUUGGCUGAGGCCAGGAGCCUCCUCCUGCUAUGAAAUUCUUGGGAGUUUAUUGAGAAUGGUAAUUUUUAUCCCCAAAUAAUGGCUUUGGUUUGUGGUUUGGGCUCGUUUCUUUCAGAGGAGGCAGAGAGGAAACGAUUCUGGAGUCGCAAAUAGGAGCGAUGGGGGAGCAGACGUGCCCGGGAUGGCGAUCAAUGAGCAAAAUAAUUGUAAUUAACAGUGGCUGUGAUUGGCUGCAAAGGCUCGAAAUCACUUCUUGCUGCUCCCCACUUCCUCAAAUUCGUUCCCCAGGGAAUCUUCAUGACCCACAACAGAAAAAUACUCAGCCAGUUCCUUCGUUAUUUCCCAUUAAAAUGUAUUUUCUGAACUUUCUCUCCAUGACAUCUCUUCAGACUUGAUGUUAUCAACUUUUUAUUUUGUUUGUUUCAUUUUCAACCUGUUGUAUCAUUCUGUUUGUUAUGUUUUGGUUUUUUUGUUGUUUUGUUUUUUUUUUUUUUUUUUUUUUUUUAAUUUAGUGUGAGCAGAUUGUAUUUAUUUGAGGGGAAAAAAAAAAAGUCUGCUGUUUAAAAAACCCCAAUAAUUGUAUUGCCAAAAAUAGCUGUAAUUACCUGUGACAUCUGUAUUUUUUUAUUUUGGGGGUGGGGCAGGCGGGGGGGGGGGGGUGCGUGGUUGUUUUUAAUCUCAGUUUGGAGUGCUAACAACUGUUAAAACAACCACUGCAUUUUAAUUUGCUUCUCACAUUAAAUGGAAUUCUCGGAAGUCAGACAAAAAUAUCUCGUAGGUGAAUUAAUAAAGAUGCCAAGCACCCUUCCUAUUUCAGA